AAUCCCUUCCAAAUCUGCUUCAAAUUUAGGAAGCAAAGAAUUGAAAUCGGAGAGAAUUAAAGCGCGAUAAUCUAUCAACCCUAAUAAUCAAUUCUGCUAUUAACAACUUUGGAAUGGACAAGAGAGCAUUGUACCGAGCAAAGCUGAAGGAGCAGAAGCAGAAGCGAAUUGAUUCCCCUCUUGUAAGGUACAAUGAGCACGAUCAGCCUGUAUGUAGAGUGUGUGAUGUUGUUCUGAAAUCUGAAUCACAAUGGCCUGGACAUCAAGCAUCUCGUAAACAUCAUGAGGCCAUAAGUAAUCUCAAAGCUAAUGCUGCUGCAGCGAAAAACCCAAACAAUGUAAAAAGCGAACCUCCAAAGGAGUUGCCUAAAACCAAGCCUGAAAUUUCUGAGGGUGUAAGCCAUAAAGAACCUGAACCUUCUGCUGCAAUGUCCAAGCCUCGUGCAUCAUCUAUGCUUCCUCCCAAUUUUUUUGACCAGCAAGAGACAAAGAGGCCAAAAAUUGAUAAAGAUUCAGCUAGGUUGGGAGACCACGUAUCAAACAGAGAUCCUCCAGUUUCAGAUCGCAAUGAAGAGGUUGAACCGUCUUUGACAAGGUCUAGCAUUCAGGGCCUAUCUACUUCCAAGAAUGCUGAGACUAGAAGCAGGGAAGAUCCACGAUCUGGUGAAAAUGGACCGACGUCAAAAGUGAGUUCUGGUUCAGAUGCUAAGCAGGUCAAAGGAGCUCUCCCUGCAGGUUUCUUUGACAACAAAGAUGCCGAUUUACGUGCUCGUGGUAUUACACCAGUCAAACCAGAUGUCAAGGAUGAGUACAAAGAAUUUGAGAAGUUAAUCCAAGAAGACUUAAAAGAGGUUGACAACCGAUUAGAAGAAGAAGAGAUUGAUGCUGCAGAAAUGAUUGAAGAGGAAGUAUCUGUUGAACAGAGGGGCUAUAGGGAAAGACUUGAGAUGCUGAGGAAGAAGAAGAUGGAAGUUAAGGCUGCUAAGUCUUCGUUAGGCAGCAAAGAAAGUAAGGUUGCAAAUAAGGAGUCUAGUGAUGACGAAUCAUCAAGUGAUGAUGACAGUGACGAGAAUCUUACUGUGGACUGGAGGGCUAAACAUUUGUGAAGAUAACAAGGUUUUGCCUACUUCUGCAAGUCACUAAGAGAAUGAGCCAAAUGGUAAUAUGAUUGUUGAGGAAAGAGGUGAACAAGUCCAGAAUGGAAGAAACGAUACUGUGCUAAACAAGUCGAGAAUGGAAGAAACGAAGAGUGUCGUGCUGUUUGCUAAAGAAAUUUUGUACUCUUAUGAAUAUGUUUCGAAAAUUGUCAACAAAUCUACGUUCAUAUUCUUCGUAUGCACGCAUAUUGAGGCAAUGAGGUUAUUCCUUUGCACAUAGAUGAACACUUGCAAGUUGUAACAAUGUCUUUUUGGUAUUCUCUUUGUUUACACUGCAAAUUUUAAUGUCAUUCUUGUGCAAUAGUGAA